AAAUGGCAAAUUAAAGGGGGAGAUCCUACCUCAUCCUCUUGCUUACAAGCCUUGUUUGGAUCUCUGCUGUUUUAAAGAGUUAAAAACUUUGCUGUUAUUUAUCUUGUGGACAUCACUGAAGUACCAGACUUCAAUAAGAUGUAUGAGUUGUACGAUCCCUGUACUGUCAUGUUUUUCUUCAGGAACAAACACAUCAUGAUUGAUUUAGGUACAGGUAAUAACAACAAGAUCAACUGGGCAAUGGAAGAUAAGCAGGAGAUGAUUGACAUUAUAGAAACUGUUUAUAGAGGAGCCCGCAAAGGUCGAGGUUUGGUGGUAUCACCGAAAGAUUAUUCCACUAAAUACAGAUAUUGAUGUUUCUUUGGGCUGCCUUUUUUCAUAAUCUUAUGUCCACUUAAAUUUAUUUCUGUGUAUGUGUGUACAUAUAUGUAUAUUAAAAGAAAAAAACCCUACAAGUCCUUGAAUUUUGAGAAUAAUUUGAAUUAUUUAAAAGGCUUGAAUUCUGUUUGAGAAGUAGAAGACUCAAAGCCUGGAACUGUCUUGACUACAGUAAUACUAUGGCUGAAUUUUGGGCUUUUCUUUUUUAAAGAGUUUCUCCUUUGUUGUCAUUUUGGUAUUACAUAUUUUUGGACACAAAAAGCCUGU